UCCGAACCCGGAAGCGCGAGGCUCGCGCCCACUGCGCGGACCUUUCGGCGAGGGGGAGCGCGGCGGCCCAGGCUCGCCCGGCCGCGCGCCCCGCCCCUCGGAGGCCCGCCCUCCUGCUCGCCCCCACAGCUCGCAGCGCCUGCGGGUACUGAGUGCUUCAGCUGCCGGCGGUGACCUGGGCCCAGCCACCCCCACGGCCCGCGCUCCUACUGGAGGGAAGAGCCGCCUUGGGGAGGAGGGAAAGGGACGUGGGGGAGGCCACGGCAGGGUUAACCUCCAUUUCAGCUAAUCAUGGGAGAGAUUAAAGUCUCUCCUGAUUAUAACUGGUUUAGAAGUACAGUUCCCCUUAAAAAGAUUAUCGUGGAUGAUGAUGAUAGUAAAAUAUGGUCACUGUAUGAUGCAGGCCCCAGAAAUAUCAGGUGUCCUCUGAUCUUUCUCCCCCCUGUCAGUGGAACUGCUGAUGUGUUUUUCAGGCAGAUCUUGGCGUUGACUGGCUGGGGUUACCGGGUUAUAGCUUUGCAGUAUCCAGUUUAUUGGGACCAUCUCGAAUUCUGUGACGGAUUCAGAAAACUUUUAGACCAUUUACAACUGGAUAAAGUUCAUCUUUUUGGGGCUUCUUUGGGUGGCUUUUUGGCCCAGAAAUUUGCUGAAUAUACACACAAAUCUCCCAGAGUCCAUUCCCUCAUCCUCUGCAAUUCCUUCAGUGACACCUCUAUCUUCAACCAAACUUGGACUGCAAACAGCUUUUGGCUGAUGCCAUCAUUUAUGCUCAAAAAAAUCGUUCUUGGAAACUUUUCAUCUGGCCCAGUGGACCCUAUGAUGGCUGAUGCUAUUGAUUUUAUGGUGGACAGGCUGGAAAGUUUGGGGCAGAGUGAACUGGCUUCAAGACUUACCCUGAAUUGUCAGAAUUCUUAUGUGGAACCUCAUAAGAUUCGGGACAUCCCUGUGACCAUUAUGGAUGUAUUUGACCAGAGUGCACUUUCAACCGAGGCUAAAGAAGAAAUGUACAAACUGUAUCCUAAUGCCCGGAGGGCUCACCUUAAAACAGGAGGCAAUUUCCCAUACCUGUGCAGAAGUGCAGAGGUGAAUCUUUAUGUACAGAUCCAUUUGCUGCAAUUCCACGGAACCAAAUAUGCGGCCAUUGACCCGUCGAUGGUCAGCGCCGAGGAACUGGAGGUGCAGAAAGGCAGCCUUAGCCUCAGUCAGGAGGAGCAGUAGCUGCGGCUUCGCCUGUUGAUGACGAGUGGUCCAGAGAGUUCUUGUACAGUCAGCGGCGGGAGUGCCUGCUGGGCGGCCUCCCCGUUCCGUGGUCGGGUUCGCCGGUGAUCACUGUGUUUGGAAGUAGGGACUGUUUGUCAUCUUUGUGACAGGCAGCAGCUCUUCUGAGCCAGUGUAACUCUUCGUUUUUUUUUUUAGCUUUUGAAUUUGAGGAAGUACUUUUGAAGACUCCCAUUUUAAGAAUUGUGAAAAUUUUGCUACCAAAAGUCUUCUCACCAUCGUGUUCUUAAGGGAAUGUUAAUUUCUGAGGUUUGGGGUUUUGUGAGGUUAUUUUUUUCUUUUUCCUUUUCCUUUCUUUCCUCCUCUCUUUCUUUUUAUGUUAUUUGCUGUAAAUGCUGCACAUCCAGAUUGUGUAUUGGAAGGAC